AUGGUGGAAGGAAGACGAACGGAGACGUCGCGAAUCAAUACGCAGAAUUUCAGCAGAAACACGCAUACCAAGGUUGAGGCGACACCAAAGAGGACGCCUGCAGUCAAAACCAACAGGAACAAGAAAGCUAGCGACAAUAUGCAGCCUGGUGGCGGCGGCGGCAUAACAUUCACCUCAGCUCUGCUCACCAUCGAGUGACGUGCCUUUCUUCUGCCUGCCAUAUUCAAUAGCCUCGUCAUCUCCCUACGAGAUUCGAUAUCCGAGCAAACGGCUACAUCCGGCUACCGCCACCGGACGAUCGAUGACGCGCUGAACUCGACAUCAACGAUGCAGCGAGGCGAAAUGAAGAGCUCAUCAAAACGAUAACUUCUUCCAGCAGCUACUGGCAUCCACCGCCGUAUGAGCGAGUAUCUGCCCGUUGAGAUCGAUUCACCCUGCACUUGAUCUGACGUCGUUCUCAUCGUUCAACUCCCGACAGCAUUACUUGUUUCGUAUAAAUUGUCGCAGGUGUAUCCACUGUGUGGACGGAUUAUAACGUGACGGAUAUUACUUUCAAUGUGUGAGUUAUGGCCUUCAAUAUUAAAUCUGUUCGUUACGAUCGCCAA